AGCUUUUCAGGUGAAGCUAAUCGAUCAUUUUACUGGCUGGUUCACUUUGACAGGUUUUGACUGAGCUGAAAUAUUUAACUCAGUGAGGAUUAUGUUGCACUGUAGCAUGGGCGACUUCUGGAUGGACCAAAACUGAACCUGCUGCACUGUAAAGUUUUACUGUUAGACCAGAAAAACAACUGGGGACAUCUUAACCAAGAAGGUACAAGAAAACUUCAUAAAAGCAGAGCAACCAUGGACCUGGAGAAUGUCCUAUCCUAAAACCAGCAGACGAUCAUGGAUAAGCUGGACGUUGGGAAUGAUAGCAGGGAAGAGCCACCAUUGCACCAUGGAUUCCACCAGGUAGACCCCGCUCUGUUAUACCCACUGCCUUUGUCCCCCGAUCCGAUCAGCCCGCUCACUCACCUGGGGACGCUGCAGGUCGGACACGACGUACCGAGGACCGGCGGAUGGAGCAGGAGACUGGACCUGGGGUUUCAAGGCUGCCAGCUACUGGGAUCAUCAAUGCAGGCAGGAAGAGAAUCUCAUGCAGACCAGAGCAUCAUCAUCCAGCAUGCCAAGGUCGCUCAGAAGUCCUACGGCAACGAGAAAAGGUUCUUCUGUCCUCCUCCUUGUGUUUACAUCAGCGGUCAUGGGUGGAGGGUCAUGCAGGACCACUUAAAAGCUGCUGGUUAUGGAGACUCAGUAUACCGAGUAUGUGGUUACAUGUGUCUGGACAGCUCCAGUCAGUCACAGGCAGACACAUUCAAACUGGUCUUCGAUGACCACCCAAACUCCAGGAUGUUUGCCUGUGCAAAGUCCCUCUUCAUCUCCGAUCAGGAUAAGAGGAAGCAUUUCAGCCUGCUGCUGAGACUUUUCCUGGGUAACAGGCAUGAAGUGGGGUCUUUCCAGAGCAGGAUGAUCAAAGUCAUCUCCAAACCCUCCCAGAAGAGACAGUCUAUGAAGAAUGCUGACUUGUGCAUCUCAUCUUGCUCCAGAGUGGCUUUGUUCAACCGUUUACGCUCUCAGACGGUCAGCACUCGUUAUCUCUCUGUGGACAGAGAAGCUUUCAUAGCCAGUGCCAGACAGUGGACGGCCUUCACCAUCACCAUGUUGGAUGACCAGCGCGCUGACCAAGGAGGUUUUGUGAUGAGUGAAGCCUUCAUCUGUUACGGCUCUGUGGUCCAAUUAGUUUGUACUGAGUCAGGAGUUGCUCUUCCACCCAUGGUGAUUCGGAAAGUCAACAAGCAGCACGCCAUCCUAGACGUGGACGAACCAGUUUCUCAGCUCCACAAAUGCGCCUUUCAGUUCAGAGAUAAUCCCAACACUUAUCUGUGCCUAUCAAAUGACACCAUCAUACAGCACCAGGCCCCAUCCAGCAUCAGGGACCCCAGCAAAGUGGUGCUGAACGAUGGAUCCUGCUGGACCAUUAUUGGUGUGGAAGCAGUGGAGUUCACCUUUAACCAGGGUCUGGCUUGUAUUCAGACACCAGUUAGCCCUUUUCCUGUUAUCACUGGGUUAGAGGUGAAUGGUGGAGGACAUGUUGCCAUGUUGGAGAUUCACGGAGAAAAUUUCAGUCCACACCUCAAAGUCUGGUUUGGGAACAGUGAAGCAGAGACCAUGUUUAAGUCUCCAAAGUCUCUGCUCUGUGUCAUCCCUGACGUGUCCGUUUUCAGUGAAGGCUGGCGCAGUCUGCGACGCAUCGUCACUGUUCCUCUGUCUCUCAUCAGACUGGAUGGCCUCAUUUAUCGCACAUCCUUCAGUUUCACCUACACCCCAGAGAUUCACUUGCCUCCAUCUGCCCGAGGAGCAGCAGCAGCAGGAGGGAUGAGGAGAGAAGGAGGGGCAGAGGAAGGCCAGGAGGAUGAAGAGGACAUCCUGUUAGAGACCAUACAUCAGGAGUUCACCAGAGCUAAUUUUCACCUCUUCAUGCAGAGUUAACUUAUCUGUUCCAACCUCAGGUGAAACAGUAACCAUACUGUGCACACAUCAUGCUGGAACUUUAUUUUGCUGACAUUUAUUCUGGACUACAGUAACUGGCGCCAUACACAGCUAAUUGAAAUCCUCCAAGCUUUACUGAUUUAGCUGCUGCUUGAAGCAGACAUUUUGUUCAGUUACAUAACAAAAGAUCAACCUAGUUCUUUUUCCUCAAUAUAUAUUAAAGGAUUUCAAUAUGUCUUCAAUAUAUAUCAAUAUUCAGGGUUAAAAACAACUAGACAAUAUUUUACCAACAAAUAAGUGCCUGAAAAGAACAAAUUGUUAAAAUUACUUAUAAAUGAAUAUUUUUCUGUCUUAUUAAAUACAAAACACAACUUGUUUACCUGGUCUUCUAUGGAUUGUUUUUAGUUAAAUGUAGCUCACAAGGUAAUAUUAGUAAAAAUUACACUAUGAGAAUGGCAAUAUUAACUUUAACCUCAUAAUAAGGAAUAUAAAGACAACACUGAAUGACACUGAGAUUUUUUGUAUGAACAUGUACAAAUCAUGUUGUAUUCACAUAAGUCUGCCAGAUCAUCUUAUAUGGGGGAGAAAAGUUUCCAAACUUGUUCGGAACUCCUUUAAAAGGUUUCUUAGCACAGCAUUCUUUUGUUUCCCAAAUCAAUAUUUCUCUUGAAUAAACCUCCUUAGACUUUAAAGUUUUUUAUUUUUUUUUAGAAAUUAACUCAAGCAGCCUGUAAAUCACUUUUACUAUUUUCUGUGACCAUCAGAGAGACAUAAAGUACUGUACGCACAAUGUAGUCUGUGUAUUUGGGAGCAAACCAAACCAGUAAAGAGUAGAAAAAUGAACUGUGCAGGCCUCAAAGGAAAAACAGUCAUGUAUAGAGAGGUGCAUGGGGUGA